AAUAAUGCACUGCCCAAAGUGAAUAAUGCACUGCCCAAAGCGAAGGCAGAGUGCACUGAGAACGGCACAAGGGCUGGGGGUAAAGAUCCCAAGAGCUUGGGGUUGGAUUUUAGGGAAGAUGCGCGGAGAUGCUGGCAAACCAGAGGCUGUGGUGGCCCGGCUUCCCCAGCCAAGGAGAAAGGAGAGGCACAAACAGGCUGCCUGACCCCAGGGGUGGCACUGCCCCCAGGGAACUUCUAUACCUCACAAGCUCUGUGGAGGAGAGCAGAUCCCGCCCUGCCUGGCAGAACCUCUCCUGGUGCCUCGGACCUCCAGAGGAAGCGAGGCAGCGCUGGCUCCCCGGAAAGAGAACUGCAAAUCAAAGGAGUGGACGCUCUCUGCAGGGCAGAGAGGAGCUUGAGGAACAUUUACUCUGAGGUUGAGGGGCAGGAGGAGGAGGCAGCUCCUGAUCCACCCCCCAAACCCCGCAGGACUUUCCGCUACCUGGCAGAGAAGGGUGCUGGGGGUCGUAGAGCUGCCAGUGCCACCAGGGAAGGUCCCCUGCAAAAACACUGUGGAAGGGACUUGGUGUCAUCCUGCAACAACCCUGAGAAGAAAAUAGCCAGCAGGAGGAUCAGAGGGAGAGCCCAGAGGAAAUCUUUUGAGUUUGAGGACAUCCAGGGCUUCCGCAGGCGGCCGGUGGGCGGCGGCUGCCACAGACCCCGGGAGGAGAGCAAUGGCUCUGCAGGAUCCAGGCUGCUCUGCACUCAGUCUCAGGACAACAUCUACGAGGACAUUAUCUGUCCCACAAAAGAACAUCCCUAUGAAGAUAUCAGAGCACUGCCCUUGCCCCUGUGGAAGGUCCCAUCUGUGUGGAAGCUGCCCCCUCCCCGGAGCAUCAGCAGAGCUCCCAAGCCUCCCCCCAAACCUCCCUUCCUCAGCCGUAAGUCACUGGAGCUGAAGCCCUCCCAGACAAAUUUCCAAGGGAAGGUGGGGAAGGAAACCUCCCUGCCUGUCACUCUGUCUGAGUGGAAGCUGUUCCGAGCAGUGGAGGCUGCCAGCAGGAGAAAGAACCUGCCCUGGCUGGUACUGAAAAUACAGGAGAUCUUUGAUUCCAAGCGUGGAAAGAGGAAGGUGAAGCUGCUCAGUCCUGCUGGGAGAGAAGCAGCUCCAGUGAAAGGUGAAACCAGCGGCAACGAAAGCGAUACGGAAAAUCAGCCCAGAAGUCGCCCCAGGUGCCUGAGGCGCUCUCCCUCCAAGAGGAACCCUCACUACCAGACCUUGGAGAGGGAUCUCAUCGAGCUCCAGGAGCAGAGGCUCUUCGAGCUCUUUGUGGUGGUGUCCCUGCACAAGAACCCAUCUGAGGUCACCUACACACCACACAUCAUCCAGCAGUUCCCCAGCAAGCCUGAACAUCCCUUCAGACCAUCAAAGGACACUGAAGAGAGGCUAAAGGUCAUUCCCAAAUUCUGCUUUCCAGAUCCCAAAGACUGGUUCCCUUCAUCAGACCUUAAAAGUGAAACCUUUUCCUUCGUGCUGACAGGGGAGGACGGCAGCCGCUGGUUCGGGUACUGCAGGAAGCUCCUGCCAGAAGGGAAAGGGAAGCGCCUGCCCGAGGUGUACUGCAUCGUGAGCCGCCUGGGCUGCUUCAACCUCUUCUCCAAGAUCCUGGACGAGGUGGAGAAGAGGAGGGAGAUGUCCCCAGCCCUGGUGCACCCCUUCAUGCGCAGCGUGAUGGAGGCGCCGUUCCCCGCCCCGGGCCGCACCAUCACCGUCAGGAGCUUCCUGCCAGGAGCAGGAGAUGAGGUGAUGGAGCUGUGCCGUCCCUUGGACUCCAGGCUGGAGCACGUGGACUUCGAGUGCCUCUUGCAGUGUCUGAGCGUGUCCCACACCAUCCGGGUGUUUGCCUCCCUCCUGCUGGAAAGGAGGGUCAUCUUUGUGGCUGACAACUUAAGCACUCUGUCUAAAUGUGGGCACGCUGCAGUGGCAACCCUUUACCCCUUCACCUGGCAGCACACCUACAUCCCUGUCCUGCCAGCUUCCAUGAUCGACAUCGUGUGCUCUCCGACCCCGUUCCUCAUUGGCAUCCUCUCCUGCUCCCUGCCACAGCUCUGGGACCUGCCCAUAGAGGAGGUUCUGAUUGUUGAUCUUUGUGCUGACAAGUUCUUGCAAGAGGUAUCGGAUGAGGAUGAGAUCCUGCCCCACAAACUGCAGGCUGCACUUGUACAAAUCCUGGAAGAACGCAGUGAAAUCCUGUCACACGAGCAGAAUGACACACAAGGCCUUUUUGAGAUUCGUGCCUUGGAGUAUUUGGAGCGUAUUCCAGAGACGGAGCGAACUGGAAUGAACAAAAUCCUUCGAAGUCUUG